AUGUUAGAUAAACCUUCUUGUGUAAUAUCAUCUUACGUUCGUAAAAUAUUAAUAAGAAGUACAUUAUUAAAAAAUGAAUACAAAAUACUCGAGUAUUCAUUUAUAAGAAAAUGUAUAUAUAUAAGGAAUGAGAAUAGUCCAAAAAAAUUUUUAAAUAUUGAUAUAAGAAAUUUUGUUAAUAUAAUAAAUAAUAUUAGUGAUAAAGGAGUACAUAAAGAAAUUAUAAAUAUACCUUCUGUGCGUAAUAUAAAAAGUGGAGAGAAAAAGGAAAAAGAUACAGAUAAAAUUAAACAUAUCAAGGAAAAUAAUAUAAAUAAUAAUUUAAUAUCAAAUAAUAUAAAUGACAAUUUAUAUUAUAAACAAGACAAGUUUAUAGGAAGUAAAAAGCUUCCCAUAAAUUAUAUUAAAAAGAUAAAUAAUAAUAAUAAUAAAAAUAAUAAUAAAAAUAAUUAUAAUAAUAAUAAUAUUAUAUUUAAGUAUCAUAGUUCCUUUCAUAAUUAUAAUAUUAAAAAAUAUACGAUUAAAACCUUUCAUAACCUCGUUUUUAAUAUAAAUGAAGAAUGUACCAUGGAGAAUAAGUUCUUAGGAAAAUAUGAAGAUAAUAAUAUUUUAUAUGAGAAGGAUGUAAAAAAUAAUUAUGAUGAAGUGAAUUCCGAAUAUGAGGAAAAUACUUUAAUAAAAAGUGAUUUAAGAAAAGAAAAAAGCAAAUAUAUUUUUAAGGAAUUUUCCGUUUUCUCUUUUAAUAUAUUAGCUAAUAGUCUUGUUGAUUAUAAAUAUGAUAAUAAUGGAUACAACAUUAUGCAAUGGAUGAAUAGAAAAAAAUGGAUUCAUCAAAAUAUUAUGAAUAAAUUAUCAGAUAUUAUAUGUUUACAAGAAAUAGAAGAGAGUUAUUUUAUAGAAUUGAAAAAUGAAUUAGAAAAAUUACAUUUUAAAGGUUUAUUUUUAAAAAAGAAAAAGGAUACAUGUAAAGAUGGUAUAUGUAUUUUUUAUAACACCAAAGUAUUUGAGCUCUUAUUUUUUGAUGAAGUGAUAUAUGAUAAAUCCUGUUUGCUCAAAAAAUGGCAUGUCGGUUUAAUAAUAGCUCUAAGAAAUAUAAUAUCGAAAAGGAUAGAUCAUUUUGAGGAGUUUCAUGAAAAUAAUAUGAAUAAAAAAAAUUAUAAAAAUGAAUGUGAUAGAAUUUUACAAAAUAGUAAUACUCACAUGAAUAAUAAUAAAAAUAAUAAUAAUAAUAAUAAUAAAAACAAUUGUAAUAUUUUUAAUAUGUGUGAUGAUAUUGUUAUAGUUUCAAAUACCCACUUAAUUUUUGAUUCAUACAAAGGAGAUGUAAAAUUAUAUCAAAUAUGUUAUAUGACAUAUCGUUUAAUUCUUAUGAUGAAGAAAUGUAUUAAUUAUAUAAAAAAAAGGAAGAAAGGAAAUGAUAAUACAAAUAGUGAUACGUCAUCUUCCUCAUGUUAUAAUUAUAAGAAUGAUUUAUCUUUAUGUCCAAAGGAUGAUACGUUUCUUAAACCAUGUAUUAUAGUAUGUGGAGAUUUUAAUAUAACACCAAAUAGUUUAUUAUAUUAUUUUAUUGUGAACAGAUUUAUUAAUUUAAAACAUAUAAAUUUAAAAUAUCUUUCUGGUCAAUAUCUAAUGUUUAAUAAACAAUAUUAUUUUUAUAAUUAUUUAAAAGGAAUUGAAAUUACAAAAAUGUUUGAUGAUAAUAUUGUGAAUGAUUUAAAAUAUGGAUGUUCUAAUAAGUUACCUGAACAAAUCAAAAAGGAACCUUUAUUCUUAAUUUUUAAAGAUGAGCAAAUAUUGAAUGAGGAAUAUUUAUUAAAUCUUAUUAACAAAAGUAAUACCAACAAAAAUGAAAAAAACAACAAUAAUAAUAAUAAUAAUAAUUUCGACUGUUAUAUGGAUAAUUACAAUUCUUUUGAAGAUGCAUCAUAUAAUAUAAAAAAUAAAGAUACACAAAACGAAAUAUAUCAUAAUUAUAGGAAAAGAAGUAAUGAUAUGUUAUCAAUAAAAGGAAAAAUAAAAAAUAUAAAUAAUAUAAAUAAUAUAAAUAAUAAUAAUGAUAAUAAUGAAAAGAAAGGUAGUUAUGUUAUACAAAUAAAUGAGAAGGAGAGAAAUGUUCAUAUGAAUUUAAAUGAAGAACAUAAUAAUAACAUAUUAGAUAAUGAAGAAGAAGAUUUUAUUUUAUACUAUCCCUUAUAUUUUAAAAGUAUAUAUAAUAAAAGUACAGAUAAUAUUGUUGAAAAAUCAUGUUAUAAAUAUGAUAGUAUAGAUACAUUAAAUAAUUUAGAAAACAACUUAAUGCUAUGUCAAAUACCCUUUACUGUUUUUCAUGGAAAGCAAAAAGGGUGUGUAGAUUAUAUAUUUUAUUCGUACAAAAAUCUUAAGCAAGUAUCAUAUACCAAUUUACCCACUUUCGACAAGCUAUCCAAAUAUGGAUGUUUACCCAAUCAAAAAUAUGCAUCGUCUGAUCAUUUGUAUUUACAUGCUACGUUAAUUAGGACCAUAGAAGAAUAA